AUGGCUUCACGAUUCCCACGCCAGCGCGAUCCCCGCGCUUCUUCAUCUCUCUUCGAUCAAUACGGCGGCGGUAGCGACUCCCGCCAAGCGAGCAGAUCCCCAGCCCAACCAGGAUACGGAUACGGGGGGUACUCCAGUCCCGGACCGAAUGGAUAUUCAGCCAAUGCAGGAUACCAGAGUGCAUCACCGGAUAAAAAGGGCCAUUACUCGGACGCAGUACUCUCAUCACUCGAAUCACAAAAUGACGCCGAAGUCGAGGGCAUUAGUGCCAAGGUCAAAAUGCUGAAAGAUAUCACACUUGCCAUUGGCGACGAAAUCCGCGACACGACACAUAUGACCGAUCUGAAUGAUUCAUUCGAGAACACGCGGGUCCGACUACGGGGGAACAUGAACCGCAUGCUCCGCAUGGCUGAAAGCACCGGUGUCGGCUGGCGAGUCUGGCUCGGUUUCUUCUUCGCUGUUUUCCUUCUAUUCUUCUACGUGUGGGUGUUCUGA